AGCGUUCUUGGCUUUGGAUCUUUCCUAGGGAUUGUUGGCAUCUACCUGGUAGAGAACAGAAGACAAAUGUUAGUAGCCUCCAUCGUGUUUAUCAGCUUUGGCGUGGUUGCAGCAUUCUCUUGUGCAAUAGUUGAUGGAGUGUUUGCAGCACGACACAUAGAACCCCGACCUUUGUAUAACAAAAGGUGCCAGUUUUAUUCAAGUGGAAUAGGAUUCCUGUAUGAUGCCUACCAGACAGAGGUCACAUGUUAUACCUUAAACAGCAAGUGCCAGCUGAAAGUAAAGAGUAACACAUGCUAUUGCUGUGACCUGUACAACUGUGAGAAUUCAGAGCAGUCUGCCAGCUACUAUGAAUUUCAUGGCGUGAGCAGCUGUCAGGAUGUGGUUCACCUGUAUAGGCUGCUGUGGUCUUCCACAGUCCUCAACAUCAUCGGGUUGUUUCUGGGGAUUAUUACGGCAGCCAUUCUAGGGGCAUUCAAAGACAUGGUACCUCUGACACAAAUUGCUUUCAGUGCUGCACCUCCUCCUCAGAUCCUGUACAAUCCUGCCCAGCAGAUCCUGACAUACGCUGGGUUCUGUCCUUCUGCAGCAACUAUUUCUACCUAUCCAUCCUACCCAUUACCUCUUCAGCCUGCCAGCAAUUUUCCAGGAACAUCAUCUACUGACAUUUCCUUAUCAGAAGAAACUCAGCCUCCAUCUCAGUCCAGCUCCAGCUAUGGUCUUCCCCCCAAUGCUCCAGCCCUCUAUACACCGACUUACUUCUUGCCUGGAGAGAAGCCUCCACCAUAUGCACCAUAGAACAAAUAAUUUAUUUUAGGUAGCUGCUAGACUUCUGAUCUUAAGAAACCUCUGGAAAUUGUGCUGUGCAGACACUAGACUUCCCAACAAACCCACCGCAGAGUGCGUUACGACCACUCCGCUUUUACCCACAUCUCACUGUGCGCAGAGCAGAACCCUGGAAAUGUACAGGCAGGCACAUCACCAGUGGGGUGACCGGUCACCACCCAGUUUGCUUGCAGUCAAGUGCAGUGUUGCUUUCUGGCUACCAUAAGCAUGAGAUGUUUCCUUCUCGGUACGCUGCGGAAUGAAUUUUCUUCAAGAGGAGAAAUGAAGAAAACACUCUGGAUAGGUGUUCUGCUUUCAUAAACCAAUAUAGAGGAGUUUUAGCCUGUGUUGUCUGAGUGGGUAGUCAGGAGCUCUCGAGUCAAUUGUUCUGGGUAGGAAGACACCAGAUGUUUGUUUGCUUGUAGUAUUUAUUUAAUAACCCUUCUUGGUGAAAGUGUUCUACCAGUGAAAAAAGUGUGGCAAUUAUUUUACAAUAAAACUGACUGUGUAUAUUUA